UCUCCAAGGUUUGCAUAUUACAUUCAUUAAAAACAAACAGUAAAAUCUUACCAUUAACUUAAUUAAUUCCAUUCGUUCUGCAAGAUAUUAAUUGCUUUGCAAAUUUGUCUCAGAUACAGAGGACCUUGAAGAGCUGUUCAGGCCGAGGAGUACAGAUCCACGGCAAAAUACCAUAUCAGACAUUUAUCAGAGAAAGGUUCUGAUUAAGACAGUAGUGAGACCAGCUGUGAUGUAUGGAUUGGAGACCGUACCCUUAACGAAGAGACAGGAAGCAAAGUUGGUGGUGACGGAGUUGAGGAUGUUAAGGUUUGCAACGGGAGUGACAAGGUUGGACAGGAUAAGUAACGAGCACAUCAGAGGGACAGCACAUGUGGAGAGCUUGGGAAUUAAGCUAAGAGAGAUGAGACCGAGAUGGUAUGGGCACAUCCUGAGAAGAGAUGCAGAGCAUGUGGGAAGGAGAAUGUUGAGGAUGGAGCUUCCAGGCAAAUGAAAACGAGGAAGGCCAAAGAGGAGAUACAUGGAUGUGGUGAGAGAGGACAUGAAAGUGGCAGGUGUGGUAGAGAAGGAUGCGGAAGACAGGGAGCAAUGGAGACAAAAGAUCCGCUGUGGCGACCCCUAAUCAGGAGCAGCCAAAAAAAAAGAAUCAGAGAAAGGUUCUGAUGCACCUAAAUGAAAUUGUGCAGAAUUAUCUGUAGGCUCACGCUGCUGUGGCUGCAACAACUAAGGAGACAACUACUGUACCAAUUCAUCUGAUUCAGAAACCAGAGACAGCUGUUGGCUCUUUCACUGCUAGAAUUUCUAUUAUUGAAUACUGGUUCACCAUUAAAUAUUUUCUAGAGCAGUGAUUUUCAACCUAUGGGCCGCGGCCCUCUGGUGGGCCAUGGAGGCAUUGCAAGGGGGCCGUCAAAUCAUUUUCUAAAAAUCUUAAUAUAAUAUUUGUGUGUGCCUGAGUGUCCAAAAAUAAUUUAAAAAAAGCGCUACCAUCUCCUGAAUUAUAUUUGUGGUUUUCAAAGUAAAAGGAUGAACGUUGCAACCCCUUAUUGGCUGUUGACUCGUUACAAUCCGUGGCAAAGUCAGUGUAAAAGUGGUAGUUGUCAUGGUGAGGAUACAAAGUUAAGCUAGUUUAGGCGCCAAAAAGGUGCAUCAAAAUGGAUAGGUGGUUAGCAACAGCGAGAACUAAAAGAAAAGAGAUUCCAGAGGCUGAGGGCGAGUCUACAAGUGAUCAUCCCCCUGCCAAACAGAAAAGAAAAUGCCUAAGAAAAUACAGUGAUGAGUACCUGGGUCUUGGAUUUUAUUGGACUGGCUCAGAGGCUGAACAACUCCCGCUGUGUCUGGUAUGCUCCGAAACACUUUCGAAUGAAGCCUUGAAGCCCUGUAAACUGCGCCGUCACCUCCAGACAAAGCAUGGGGAGUACGCGAACAAGCCACUACAGUUCUUUAAGAACAAGCUCAAAGAAUACCAGAGCAAGAGAAAAAUAAUGGAAGGUACUGCCAGGGGCAGUGACAAUGCAAAGGCUGUGGAAGCGUCAUAUCUGGUCUCCGAGCUCAUCGCUAAGACGGGAAAACCACACACUGAUGGAGAGAACUUGAUUCUUCCAGCUACUAAAAAGAUAGUUGAGGUGAUGUUGGGAGAGAAAGCAGUGCAGCCGAUCAAACUCCUUUCACUGUCGGAUAACACUGUCAAGCGCAGAAUUGAUGACAUGGCAGACAAUGUGCUACAUCAGCUGAUAGAGAACAUUAAAGGGAGCCGUUUUUAUGCCAUCCAACUGGACGAAUCAACUGACAUUGCCAACGUAUCAAAUCUGCUUGCCUACAUCCGAUACGAAAAGAAUGGCGAAAUAAAGGAAGACCUUUUGUUUUGUAGACCUCUGCCAACCCGUUCAACUGCUGAGGCAAUUUUUGACAUUUUGAGUUCUUUCGUAGUUUCCAAUGGUAUUGAAUGGUCCAAAUGUGUUGGGGUGAGCACUGAUGGAGCGCGUGCAAUGCUGGGCCAGCACAGCGGAGUUGUCAGUCGUGUAAAAGCGGUGGCCCCUCAAGCGAGCUCUAUCCACUGCAGUAUACACCGCGAAGCACUGGCUGCAAAGAAAAUGCCCCUGAAUCUGAAGACUGUUUUAGACCAGGCAGUCAAAGCCGUUAACUUCAUCAAAAGCCGUCCACUGCAAACACGUUUAUUUUCCAUGCUGUGUGGAGAGAUGGGCAGUGAGCACCAGCAGCUGUUGUUACACACAGAAGUGCGAUGGCUCUCGAGGGGAAAGGUGCUGACGCACCUUUUCGAGCUGCGGGAUGAAGUGCGCGUGUUUUUUCUCGACUCAAAAUUUGAACUCGCACACUGCUUCAGUGAUUUUGAAUGGCUAGCUAAAUUGGGUUAUCUCGCUGACAUUUUCAGCCACUUAAAUGCUUUGAAUCUAGCUCUUCAGGGAUCCGCUGUUAACAUGUUCAAGGUCCAGCACAAAGUGGAGGGAGCGAUAAGAAAACUCGCACAGUGGGAUAAGCGUGUCGACCAGUCAAAUUAUGACUCCUUUGAAAACUUGUCAGAUUUUUUGACAAAGGAAGAGAGGCAGCUUCCCAUCCAUGUGACUAACGCAAUCAAAGAGCACCUCCAGGGUUUGAAAACACAGCUGCGCGAAUACUUCCCUCCCCUCGAUGCGCAAUGCAGUUGGAUCGAAAAUCCAUUCGGCGUUCACAGUGAUGAGGCCAUUGCUGCCCUGAGCGCAAAAGAGCAAGACAGUCUUCUGGAUCUCUCCUGCGACACCGCAUUGAAGCUGGUCUUCUCACAGAAGCACCUGAUAAACUUUUGGCUUCAUGUUGCUUCUGAGUAUCCCGAUCUGGCCGACAGAGCUGUGAGAGUUCUGAUGCCUUUUCCGACGACGUACCUAUGUGAGUGUGGGUUUUCUGCACUAGUGGCGCUGAAGAUAAAGUACAGAAAUAAACUGAAUGUUGAGCCAGAUCUUCGACUUCGACUGUCAUCCAUUGUGCCAGACAUAAAGUAUCUGGUUGGCACCAUGCAACAUCAGCCUUCACAUUAGGUGCAAUGCAUUGGUUUUGCUUAAUUGCAAUUAUUUUCUUGACAGAAUAUAUGAUGUUGUUGAGUAAUGCACACUGACCUUCCUGCAUAUUAAUUCAGUUCAGUCCUAAAUAUUCUACGGAUCCGUACUACGGAGCCCGGAUAGUGUCAUCCCGCUUAAUAUUUUUAGACUUCACUUUUGC